AUGAUUGAUUCAGAGUUUACACGUCGUCCUGUUACACCGCCUGAAGAAACCAGAAGAAAGUCCACUGUCCUUGCUGAUUUGAAUCAACCCACGAGCGUCCGUUCUACCAAGCCAAUGAGUGGUACUACUCCUACUAGUCAUAUUACUACAACCGAUGCUACUACUACUGCACCAUCGAUGCAGGAUCCUACUGCUACUACCAGUAGCAGCAGCAGCAGCAGUGGCAGUAGUGAGCGAACCGAAGUGACCCAACGCAUCGAACGCCAAAUUUAUCAGCUUUUGCAAUGGGAGAAUCCUAUAAGAUCCGCUGUCACCCUUGGUGUCAUUCUUUUAAGUCUUAUCUUGGCACGCUCAUACUCGCUUUUGCAAAUUGGUGCUGCCUUGUUGACUAUUGGGAUUGGUCUCAAUUUGAUUUAUGUGACAUUUGUUGUGCAGACACAAAAGGUGUUUAGCGACUCUAAAAACCCGGUGCAUCCUUACAGUGGUGUGAUUGGUCGCAAGGAAGACUUUACGAGCAUUGAUAAACGUACUGUUCACCAUUAUAGCUCAUUGGCCGUUGAUAUUGCCGAGACAGUGAUUCGUGCCCUUGCACGCAUUGUAUUUAUUGAAGAUAGCAUGACUAGCUUAAAGUGGCUCGUUAUCUUUUACUUGACAUGGACCGUUUCAGCACACGUGUCGAGCCGUACCAUUAUUGGUUUCUUUGUGGUCUCGGCGUUUGUGUUCCCCCGGCUCUACAUGUCUAACAAGGGUAUUAUCGAUUCCCAUAUCCAACAUGGCGAAGCGGUCAUCAAGCAACAACUAUCCACUGCCCAGGCUUUUGUUGAAGAUAAUGUUACCGAUGCCAGUGCCAAAAUGAAAGCCUACUUUGCAAAGGCUGGUACCUCUGGCACUGAUGCAAAGAACUCCCUCCAGAAUACUUCAGCUACUAUGAAAAAGACCGAGUAA